AUGGCAAUGCUUCGCGUGUUCCAACGAGGUUCAAAGACCAACUCAAUAUUAACCGGUAAAGGCUGUCGUUACUAUGCCAAGGAUGUGAAGUUCGGCCCGGAGGUUCGUGCCAUGAUGUUGCAAGGAGUGGACGUCCUUGCCGAUGCCGUAGCCGUGACCAUGGGUCCCAAGGGACGCAACGUUAUCAUUGAACAGAGCUGGGGCUCGCCCAAGAUCACCAAGGAUGGUGUGACCGUAGCCAAAUCCAUCUCUUUGAAGGACAAAUUCAUGAAUAUAGGCGCCAAGCUGGUACAGGACGUCGCUAACAACACAAACGAGGAAGCUGGCGAUGGCACCACCACCGCCACAGUGCUGGCCCGUGCCAUUGCCAAGGAGGGCUUCGAGAAGAUUUCGCGUGGCGCCAACCCCGUGGAGAUACGUCGCGGCGUCAUGCUGGCCAUCGACACGGUCAAGGAGAACCUCAAGAAGAUGUCACGCCCUGUGAGCACACCCGAGGAGAUCCGUCAGGUGGCCACAAUCUCCGCAAAUGGCGACGAAUCGGUGGGAAAUCUCAUCAGCGAAGCGAUCAAAAAGGUGGGCCGUGACGGGGUCAUCACGGUGAAGGAUGGCAAGACCCUCAACGAUGAGCUGGAGGUCAUCGAGGGUAUGAAAUUCGAUCGUGGCUACAUUUCGCCAUACUUCAUCAACUCGACCAAGGGCGCCAAGGUGGAGUUCCAGGACGCCCUCCUGCUGUUCAGCGAAAAGAAGCUAAAGACGACACAGAGCAUCCUGCCCGCUUUAGAGUUGGCCAACGCACAGCGCAAGCCGCUCGUUAUUAUAGCGGAGGAUGUAGAGGGUGAGGCCCUGAGCACCUUGGUCCUCAAUCGCCUCAAGUGCGGCCUUCAGGUCUGCGCUGUCAAGGCCCCAGGCUUUGGUGAUAAUCGCAAGGAAACUAUUGAGGAUAUGGCCAUUGCCACUGGCGGCAUUGUUUUUGGGGAUGAGGCGAAUCUUGUGCGCCUCGAGGACAUCAAAGUGAGUGACUUUGGGCGUGUGGGCGAGGUCGUGGUCACCAAGGAUGACACUAUGCUGCUCAAGGGUCAGGGCCAGCGUCCCAUGAUCGACCGUCGCAUCCAGAACUUGCGCGAAGCCAUUCAGGACACCAAGUCGGAGUACGAGAAGGAGAAAUUUCAGGAGCGUCUGGCACGUCUCUCCUCAGGCGUGGCCCUGCUGCGUGUUGGCGGCUCCAGCGAUGUCGAAGUCAACGAGAAAAAGGAUCGCGUCAACGAUGCACUCAAUGCCACACGAGCUGCUGUCGAGGAGGGUAUCGUGCCGGGCGGCGGCACCGCACUCCUGCGCUGCAUCAGCCGCCUUAAUGACAUCAAGGGCGCCAAUGAGGAUCAGAACAUGGGCAUCGAAAUCAUUCGUCGUGCCCUGCGCAUGCCCUGCCUCACCAUUGCCAAGAACGCAGGCGUCGACGGGGCCAUGGUGGUGGCGAAAGUGGAGAUCCUCGACGGUGACUAUGGCUACGAUGCACUGAAGGGGGAGUAUGCCAACAUGAUCGAGCGUGGCAUCAUUGAUCCCACCAAGGUGGUGCGCACAGCUAUCACGGAUGCCGCCGGAGUGGCAUCACUGCUCACCACAGCCGAGGCUGUCGUCACGGAGCUGCCCCUCGAGGAUGCUGGCUCGGCCGCCAUGGGCGCUGGCAUGGGCGGUGGCAUGGGUGGCCUCGGUGGCAUGAUGUAACUUACACUUUGUCCGGCGGUUAAGAUUACACUACACAUUACACCAAGCUACACCCAAUUGUUGUUUCGGCAGGCAUUUUCGGUAGGCUGCACACAUUUUUAUUGAUUUUUCCCACACUAUUAACUGGAUUAUUCAUCUUAAUUGGAUUAUUCGUCUGAUAUUUAGACUGCACACAUCGCACUUGCACACAUCACACUUGCACUCACAUAUUCGUCGUUUUUUCGUGCUAUUAUGAAGGAUUAUUCUACAAGGAUUAUAAAUACACUAUAGACAAGAUGUUAGGUAGACUGAGA